UUAAACAGAGUACUUUUUCUCUCCCUGGUGAGUGAGAAACAUUUGCUAUAAAUUGUUUUUUGUCGGAAGACCAUAAAUUUAGAGUCAUCAAGAAUGGGCAGAAGAAAGCAUGGCAAUGGCAGCGGCACCCCUUCCUGUAAAAGGAAGCACUCUGCUCUUCUCCGCCAAAACGUUCCUUCGCCUGAUAAUAUUGUGGAAGAGGCAAAGGCAAGCGAUGUCCCCAACAUUGAUGAAGCUAGAGAAGAAAACAAGGCUACAGAAAAUCCUUUGUCACCACGAUUGCAGAAAGCAGUGGAAAGAGACAGGGAAGCUAUCCCCCCGCAUGAGUAUGAAGAGAGCAAGAGUGAGAAUCCGGAAAAGGUUGGGUCAUCUGCUGUGGAGGAAAAUUUGCAAGCCCAAGAGGAGCUCGUAAUCAAUCAAGUAUUCAACCAAGCUCCUGUUUCCACGCUUACAGGGGAAUCUGAAAUAAAUCCCAAUAUCUUUGCCUGCACAUUUCCAGACACUUUAUUAACCGGCGGUGUGGAAGAAACUCGAAUUAAUCCCCACAAUGUUGAAGACGAUGGUGCAGAAGAUCCCCGAACCCCUCGUAAAAGCACUUCACAGGAAUUUGUGCCAAAUACACAAUUCUUUCAUCCGGAUAGCCCUUCUUUCGUUACAAUAUGCAACGAUGAACAUAUUAAACCGCAAAUACUAGAGGAUUUGAACACUGAUGCCAACAUAACAUUAGUGCCUGAGAAGAGCUCAAGCAUUAAUGACACUGAAAUUAUUUCAGGGGAGGCGGAAGUAAACAAUUCUCAAGAAAAUAAUUCAGAGGCUCAGGCUACAGUAGACGUUCAAGGCAGACAUUCAGCUUGCUGUAACUUGGCAGCACUUUUGACAAGCCAAAAUGAUGCUCUUCAAAAUGAAGUUCAUGGUUUGAAGAACGAACUUGCAUCCCUGUCCUAUCAAAUGUUUGAUCUUGAGGCAAGAUGUGGUAAACUUGACACCACUAAUCAACAACUGCUGUGCAGAAUCAGGGAGUAUGAAGAUUUGGGGAGCAGGGAAGAGAUUGUAAGAUGUGGUGAACAGAUUGGGCAAUUUACAGAAUUCCUUCAAGCAAUGCUACAAGAUGCUACUCAGACUAUGAACAACACUUUUGGAGCUGGGCCUUGCUUUUUCCAUCCUCUACACUAAAUCUUGGGGUUAUUCCUCUUGAAAAUAUGCAGGGAACACUAUUUCCUCUUGUUGCAAAGUAUUAAAUUUCUGAUAAAUUUGUAUUAAGAAAAUUGAUUUACAUGUGGCAUUUAAGAAACAAAGCAUAUAUUUUUAAAAGAAUGGCAGUGCAAUUAGUGCUUCAUACAA